AUGAGCGUGCCGAGCGUGCCGGCAACCCGGCGCGUGUUCAAGAAAACGCAGCUUUGUAGCUUCUGGGUGCGCGGCGCCUGCAAACGUGGGGCAGCCUGUGCCUUUGCUCACGGGGAGUCUCAGCUGCGGGAGACACCAGAUUUGUCGAAGACAAAGAUUUGCAAGAUGUUCCAAACGGGCGCCUGUGAGCUCGGCGAGAGCUGCACCUUCGCCCACUGCCGGGAGGAGCUUCGGUCCCUCAGACCUAAGCGGGCAUCCUCAAAUGUUCUCGUAGAGGUGAAGCGGCUGGCAGCAAAGGUGCGGAGCGCGAACUCCGCAGCUGGCAGCGGCGGAAGUCUUUCAAGCCAGGAGCUCUCUGAGGAACUCUCAGAGGUGGGAUACGAGUGCUAUGCCGUGGUGGAGUUUGAGUCUGUGGACUUGGUGGUGCGGCAGCUCAUGAGCCCCGAGGCGGAGCUGCCUGAGGAGGGGCUGCUCUUCAAGCUCUAA